CUGACUCUCACCUCUCUGGGUUCUAGAGAGAGAAAGUGACAGAGAGCGAGAGCGAGAGGGGAAGAUAGAGAAAAAUCAUAUGAGUUGAAUGCAAACUAAAAACUGUCAAUUGCUUGAAUUGACUAUAGACUAUUCUUCAGAAGCCCAGAUAAUGCCUCCCCCUGAAAUGAAGGCUAAGCCAACUACAACCUGCAAAAGUGAAGGGAAUUAUCCCCAUGUGUCCCUGAAGUCAAAUAAAAUAUCUAAAAUGCCAUGUUCCAAGGUCAGAGUAGAUCAUGGAACGGAAAAUUUAGCAGUAUCAAGCCAAACAUCUCAAGAUGGUUUUAGCAAAAAUGAAGACUCUUCCACGGAGCACGACAAUGAAAAAAACCAAACGGUUGUGGCGCAGACAUGUCUUUCAUUUAAUGGAUGUUUAGGUUCAAUAGAAGAAAAGGAUUCUUUGCCAUUUUCUCUUUCCUCAAGUUCGGAAACAAUGUUGUAUUAUUUUGAUGAGCCUAACGAUGCCCUUUGUAAGCAAUUUGAAGCAGUUAGUAGGGAGCAAAUGACUAGGGCAUCUCUACUGGAUUACAGUAAGUUCUCCAAUUUCCAAAUGCCUGAUGCGUGUGAAGUAUGUCUCACUGGGUUUUCCAGCAACGGGGUACCUGUUUUUGAUGAUAUUUUCAACUAUAAUACCCUUUAUGAUCUUGGAUUUACUGGGACAAAUCUGAUGUAUGAUGCCACUGAGGGAAUCAGGUUAUUUCCCACUGUUGAUGCCACAAUAGAAGCAACAGAUUACCAUUAUGGAGGAUCCUGUGAAGAGUUUCCACAUAUGUCUGAUUCUUCAUGGUUCCAUCUCAUGUGCCAUCAGGCCAAGCCAUUUACUGAAGAACUUGUUUUCAACUCGGGUCAGUUUGAUUCAGACGGAGUAGAUUAUUCUGAUCCAGAGGCAUUUGUUAAAAACUUUUUGGAGUUAUCAGAUGAAUUUAACUCAUUGCCUGCACUUGUAAGCAAAGAAACAAGCAGAAUGAAGCAUAUUACCCUUGUUCUUGAUUUGGAUGAAACACUGGUCCAUUCAUCAAUGCGGCAAUGUGAUAAUGCUGACUUCACAAUUCAAAUGUUGAUUGAGAAGGAGCAUACUGUAUAUGUAAGACAGAGACCCUUCCUCCGAGAAUUUUUGGAGAAAGUAUCUGAGAUGUUUGAAAUCAUCAUUUUCACAGCUAGUAAAAGCGUGUAUGCUGAAAAACUGCUAGAUGUUCUUGAUCCUGAUAAAAAACUCUUUUCUCGACGAUUAUAUCGAGAAUCAUGCAUCUUUCUAGAUGGCACCUACACCAAAGAUUUGACAGUUCUUGGAAUUGACCUGGCAAAAGUAGUCAUAAUUGACAACACUCCUGAGGUGUUCAGAUUGCAAGUUGAUAAUGGGAUUCCUAUUCAAAGUUGGUUUGAUGACCCUUCUGACUCUGCACUGAUUUCUUUACUUCCUUUUCUGGAGAAACUGGUUGAUGUAGAUGAUGUUCGUCCCAUCAUUGCAGAGAAAUUUGGUUCUAGGAAUUAGUUUUGCAUUUGAACACCCCUUGCCCUUCUUUGAAGCAUUAGAUAGCUCUAAUCUUAGGAUAUUGCAUCCUUUCAAAUAACCCCUAGUUAGGUUUUUAUUUCUAUGUUUUAUUAUUAUUAUUAUUUUUUUAUGCCAUGUUGCCCAUUUGUUAGUUGUUUUAACUCUUCAGCGAGUUUUCACAAGUGACUACGAUUCUGUGAUAGGCAGAUAGUAUAUAGGUAAAAAAAAAAUUGUAUAUAAACAUUACAAUAAUUUCAAGUUAUGGCUUUUGACUAUUAUUGUUG